AUGGGCAAAACCUCAAUCGAGUACCUCUUCUCGGAGAAGCGGGCCGUGAAGAAGACCCAGGAGUGGGCGGACAUCCUGCGCACAGGCAAGGAGAAGUACGCCAACUGCCGGGUGGUGUCCUUCUCGCGCGUCAAGAACCUGAACUCGGAGUGGAAGCACGAGUACGUGCAGUUCAUCGUGGAGGAGGAGACGACGCGGGACCGGGCCCGCGUCUACGCCGAGCGCGGCAACGAGGUCGACCUCGACUGGGUCACGUUCGGGCCUGCCGAGACGCCCGAGGGCGGCAGCAAGGGUAGCGACGACCUGCCGCUGCCCCUGGCGUCUCUGGUCUUCGGGGGCGGGUCCGGCGAGGACGUCGACAGGAGGCCGACCGUCCUGCAGAUUGCUGAGAUCCUCGCGGCUACCACCCUUGUUGGUGGCGCGUACGAGUUUUACGGCCACAGCUGUUUCUGGUAUGCAUACACCACGUAUGAUGCCGUGAAGAGGCAGUUCGGGUCCAUGGCGAAGGAGAAGUCGUGGAGGUGGAUAGAUGUCGGCGGGGCUGGAAAUGCCGGGGUCAAAGAUGCGAUGGGCCUGGGUUGGACGACUCUGUUCAAAUUCUACUACGUCGGCGAUGCUAAGAAGUUCAAGAAGGAACGAGAGACCAAGAUGGACUUCUUCGACAACGAACAGCGAGAGAUAGUGGACUCUCAGUAUUUCGUGGAUCAAGUUGCUUCGAACCUAACGAAACAGGAGUAUCGAAGUACCUAUAUUGACGCCAUGCAAGCUCAAGGAAUUGAGUUCACUGAGACCCAGAUCCAAGAUCUGCUCCAAGCUAGCGAAGAGAUUGCCAAGAAGCAGACCGGAGGAAAUGAGGACUGGACUAAGGAGUUCGACGAGUUGAAUGCGAGACUGGUCAAGCAAGUCCUCGCAGAUCCAGAUGCAGAGGAGUACCGCAAGGCCUACCAGAGUUACCAUGUCCCGGCCGAGCUGGGAGAUCAGGAUUUGGACAAGGUGCCAAGGGCACCAACUAAGACGGCCGCUGUAGCUAAGACUGCAGAGGCCUUGGAGCUUGUUGUCGGCCGGAUUCUCCUGGAAGUAUCGAAACAGCAAUAA